ACUCUUUUUUUUUUUUAAUUAUAAAUUAGGGUUUCUGUCACAAUGACUUCUACUACUACUACGACUUCUCCCAAUAAUAAUAAUACUUCUAAUAAUAAUAAUAACAAUACUCCUACUAAGGAAGCAGACGAGGAGCUUGUUGUGGGUCAGUCUGUCGAGGCCGUUCAAGCGUCUGUUCCGGAAAAGGCGGAGACCAUUAGUGCUGGCCGUGCUGAGGAAGAAGAGGUGGGUGUGAAACCGGAGGAUCCGAUGGAGGAAGAUUCGGUGAAUCCGGCUACUGUGUUUUGUAUUCGGCUUAAACAGCCUAGGUCUAAUUUGCAGCAUAAAAUGAGCGUGCCUGAAUUGUGUCGAAAUUUUAGUGCUGUUGCUUGGUGUGGUAAAUUGAAUGCUAUAGCUUGUGCAUCUGAAACUUGUGCCAGAAUUCCGAGUUCUAAUGCAAAUCCACCAUUUUGGAUUCCUAUACAUAUUGUGAUACCUGAGCGACCUACCGAGUGCGCAGUGUUCAAUGUCAUAGCAGAUUCUCCUCGUGAUUCUGUUCAGUUUAUCGAAUGGUCCCCUACUUCAUGCCCUCGUGCCUUAUUAAUAGCUAAUUUCCAUGGGCGGAUAACUAUCUGGACUCAGCCUUCUCAUGGGGCAGCCAAUCUGGUACGUGAUGCGAGCUGCUGGCAGCGUGAGCAUGAAUGGCGGCAGGAUAUUGCAGUUGUUACAAAGUGGCUCUCAGGGGUGUCUCCGUAUAGGUGGCUUUCCUCAAAAUCCGCUGUUGCUUCUAACUCAAAAUCAAUUUUUGAAGAAAAAUUUCUUUCACAACAGUCUCAAACUUCAGAUAGGUGGCCCAAUUUUCUCUGCGUUUGCUCCGUUUUUUCAUCAGGCUCUGUACAGCUUCACUGGUCCCACUGGCCUCCUAGUCAAAAUAGUACAUCAUCAAAGUGGUUUUCCACAAGCAAAGGGCUUUUGGGUGCUGGGCCUAGUGGGAUCAUGGCUGCUGAUGCUAUAAUAACGGACAGCGGUGCCAUGCAUGUGGCAGGUGUUCCAAUUGUUAAUCCUUCUACUGUUGUUGUUUGGGAGGUCACUCCUGGCCUAGGGAAUGAGUUUCAUGCAACUCCGAAGACAAGUACUGGCAGCGAGGUUCCGCCUUCUGUUAAACCACCCAAAUGGGCAGGUUUUGCUCCUUUGGCUGCAUAUUUAUUUAGCUGGCAAGAGUAUAUAUUAUCUGAAGCUAAGCAAAAAGGAAAGUUGACAGAUCAAGAUUUUAGUGAUGCUGUAUCCCUUCAUUGCUCUCCAGUUUCAAAUUUUUCGGCAUAUGUGAGUCCUGAGGCUGCAGCUCAAUCUGCAGCAACUACUACAUGGGGCUCUGGAGUGACUGCAGUUGCCUUUGAUCCAACCCGUGGUGGUUCUGUGAUUGCUGUUGUUAUAGUUGAGGGACAGUAUAUGUCGCCAUAUGAUCCAGAUGAGGGUCCUUCGAUCACAGGGUGGAGGGUUCAACGUUGGGAAUCAUCACUUCAGCCGGUCGUUCUUCAUCAAAUAUUUGGAAAUCCUACUUCUAGUUUCAGUGGGCAGGCACCCAUGCAAACUGUUUGGGUGUCCAAAGUAGAUACAAGCAUACCGCCAAUUAAUGAUUAUAAGAUUUACCAAUCAGCUGCAGGACUGACCUUGGAUGUCAGGAAAGCAACUGAUUCUGGUGUGGAGAAGGCAAAAAGAGUCAGUUUUGAUCCCUUUGAUUUACCAAGUGAUGUCAGAACACUUGCUCGAAUUGUUUAUUCUGCCCAUGGUGGUGAAAUUGCAAUUGCCCUUCUACGUGGUGGGGUCCAUAUUUUUUCUGGUCCAAACUUUGCACCUGUGGAUAACUACCAGAUUAAUGUUGGAUCUGCAAUAGCUGCACCUGCCUUUUCUUCCACAAGCUGCUGUUCAGCUUCUGUUUGGCAUGACAUUAGCAAGGACCGCACCAUAUUGAAAAUAAUUCGUGUUCUUCCGCCUGCUGUCAUGAGUAGUCAAGUGAAGGCCAACUCAUCAACCUGGGAACGUGCAAUUGCUGAGAGGUUUUGGUGGAGCCUUUUGGUUAAUGUGGAUUGGUGGGAUGCUGUUGGCUGUACUCAGAGUGCUGCUGAGGAUGGCAUUGUUUCACUGAACAGUGUCAUUGCUGUAUUGGAUGCGGAUUUUCAUUCUCUUCCUUCUAUUCAACACAGGCAACAGUAUGGUCCUAGUCUGGAUAGGAUAAAAUGCAGGCUACUGGAAGGUACUAAUGCUCAAGAAGUUAGGGCAAUGGUUCUAGACAUGCAGGCAAGGUUGUUGCUGGAUAUGCUGGGGAAAGGAAUUGAGUCAGCUUUACUAAAUCCUUCAGCUUUGGUGCCUGAGCCCUGGCAGGCCAAGGCUGAUACACUAUCUGGCAUUGAUCCUGAAGCAAUGGCUGUUGAACCUGCCCUUGUUCCGAGUGUUCAGGCUUAUGUUGAUGCUGUUUUGGAUCUAGCUUCACAUUUUAUCACACGCUUGCGACGUUAUGCAAGCUUCUGUCGCACAUUGGCUAGCCACGCUGUUAAUGCAGGAACUGGCAGCAAUCGCAGUAUGGUGGCUAGUCCUACUCAAAGUUCGGCAUCUCCUGCGACAAGUCAGGGUCAGUAUGCAACCAAUAGUACACGUUUAAAGGAAGCAGCUGGUCAAAGUGGUACAGCAAGUUCUACUGGAAGCACCCAGAUGCAAGCUUGGGUACAAGGUGCUAUUGCUAAGAUUAGUAGCACCACAGAUGGAGUGUCCAAUUCAACCUCAAACCCCAUAAGUGGUCCAUCUCCCUUUAUGCCAAUAAGCAUUAACACAGGGACUUUUCCUGGAACACCUGCUGUUCGGCUCAUUGGGGACUGCCAUUUCCUUCAUAGAUUAUGUCAACUUCUGCUUUUCUGUUUUUUCUUUCGGCGAACUCAACAACCCCGCCUUGUGGCUGGUGCACAAAGAAAUACGGAUGCAAAUAUGCAAAAACCUCAGCCAGGAGGUCUUGGCAAAGUGGAGGAGAUCAAUUCUGUUUCUUCCAAACCUGCAUCAGCCAUGGUCAGGUUGGAUGAAGGUCAACUAACUAGAACUGGUCAGACCAUACCUGGUGCAAAAGGAGUUGAAGAAGGUCCUGCGAGCCGGCCAAAAUUGGGUUUGGGUAAUGCAGGUCAAGGAUACACAUUUGAGGAGGUGAAGGUCCUUUUUCUCAUACUUAUGGAUCUCUGUCGACGUACAGCAGCUUUAGCACACCCAUUACCCGUUUCUCAGGUGGGGAGCAGCAAUAUCCAAGUGCGGCUGCAUUAUAUUGAUGGCAAUUAUACUGUAUUGCCUGAAGUUGUAGAAGCCUCCCUUGGUCCACAUAUGCAGAACAUGCCUCGGCCUAGAGGUGCAGAUGCUGCUGGACUUUUACUCCGUGAGUUAGAGCUCCACCCACCAGCUGAAGAGUGGCACAGGAGGAAUAUGUUUGGGGGCCCAUGGUCUGAUCCAGAUGAUAUGAGCCCUGUAGAUGAUACUCCCAGGCUAGUACAUGAUGUCAACUCACUUGGAAAUUAUGAAGUUCAUUACGGUGCCCAUGGAUUGUGGCCAAGGAAGCGUCGAAUGUCUGAAAGAGAUGCAGCUUUUGGCUUGAAUACUUCUGUAGGCUUGGGGGCUUAUCUGGGUAUUAUGGGAUCUAGAAGAGAUGUUGUUACAGCGGUGUGGAAGACUGGUCUUGAAGGGGUUUGGUACAAGUGUAUAAGAUGUUUGCGUCAGACUUCAGCUUUUACUUCACCAGGUGCUACUAAUCCACCUAAUCAAAAUGAUCUAGAGGCUUGGUGGAUCAGCCGCUGGGCAUUUGGUUGUCCAAUGUGUGGCGGAACAUGGGUUCGGGUGGUGUAGAUGACUGAUCGUAUAGGACUCACAUCCCCUUGGGUGUUUAGCGGAAACAAUUCCAAACCAGACACUAUGCAUAUAGCUGCUGAUGAUUGACAAUUAUCUGAAGUACU